AGACAGUCCUGAAGGCGGCAGAUUGAACCGAGUACUAGAGAGUUAUACAAACGAUUAUAAAAAAUUGCAAAGGAAACCUCAAAAUAUUACUCUGGAUCUUCAUUGUAUCAUAAGAUCAUAUCUUUCCUGGGCUGUCGACCAUGAAGAGCACUGCAGCAGCACCACAGACCUUUGAUCAAGAGGAUUGUGAUGUUUGGCUGGACACUGUGGAGCUGAAAGGAAAAGCUAAACAGAAGCGCCGUAGCCGUCCCAUUUCUAAACUGCUGAACCCGUUUUGUGAAGGUGCUGGGUACAGUUUGGCUGUGGCACUCAACUUCACUCAGACCAAAACAGAAAUGCCAAAAACCAAACAGAGCUCCAUAUCUGCCUUUUUCACAGCUCAUCGGAGAGUCCUCAAUAAGAUGUCCACUUCUGAGCCACCAAACAUGGAUUCAGUGCAGCCUCUUUCAUCAUCUGACUCAGCUACACCGACAGCCACAGCAUCAGGGAAAAAACGAGGGCGCAAUGUUGGUUUUGAAAACUCCAACUUUGAGCCUGUUUUGGUUGACGAGCGUACAAGUGAAAAUGUGACUGAGAAGGAAACAGAAUUAUGGCAGACGCGUUCAGAAAACCAUUCAAGUUUACAAAACAUAUACUGUGAAUCUGAAGAAGAGAAGCCUGAAGAGUGUGAACCACCACAGAGUAAGAGGAGGGUCUCUGAUGCCACCUUAACACAAGAUGACUGUCAACCUCUACCACAGACGUGGAGUCAGGACCCGCUGUUCACUUUCAGUCAGUACACUGAAAAUAACUUUCAUCAGACUAGCCACAAAUGUACAACAGUGAAGAACUUCAGCAGCUCUGAGCCAAGUUUAGUAAACAGUCUGCAGAAUGAGGAGGAGGUCUUUAGAAAACUGAUAGAUGCAGAAGGACAAACCUCAACUCAAAAAUCUUUUAAACGUCUUCAUUCUUCUCGUAUGAUUGAUGAGAAGGAAAACAGCACGCCACCGUCUUAUAAUUCCCCAAGCAAAGACUCAUCUUCCUCUCAUUUCAAACCUGUUUCAAAUCAUAAGUGGACACAACCAAAAACCGCUUCACCUCGGAAACAAACAGGUCAGCUGUGGGAAAAAGAAGAGAGCUCUGCCUUCCAGAUCAAGCGGACAAAACCGAUAAGCUCUCCUCUCAAAAGGCAAAGCAGAGAACUCGAUGAGGACAGUUUGGCCACUUUGUUCACUCAGGACUCUGAAGGGUUCAGGGUGAUCGCACACAGAGGUCUGCACACCAGGAGUCCUCUCAAAGAUCAGAGUAACGUCAGCAUGGGAGUGGUGAGUGCUUACAAAUCUCUGCCGGAGGAGGAGGAAGAGGAUGAAGAGAUGCUGUUUACUCAAGACUCUCAGGGAAAUGUAGUGAUUAAACACUGAAAAACAGCCUUUUAAAGGCACUACAGAUUUCAGAUGCUGUUCCAAAUCUUUUCCAAAAAUGUGGAUUUUGGAGGAUAAAAUAUUGAAAAAUCCUUUUUUAAGGACUUCCAGGUUGGGGAAGUGCUGUAAACCUGUAUUCUUUUUAAUGGCCAGUAGGGGGCAGCUCAUGGACUGAAAAAAGAAGUCUGAUUAUUACAAGUCUACAGGAAAGUUAGCUUUCAGCGCCUUUGAGUUAUUAGCCCAGUUAAUUCUUCUCUGGAGAGUUUCAAGAUCUCAUUUCAUAACCUAAUGUUUGUAAAUUGUGAUUUAUCUGACUGCUGACAUACAAGUGUGUAGUGUCUGUGGAUUUGCACCCCUUCGCUGUCACUUCUUGUUUUAAAACACUAAAAUGGUGAAGUCAAGAUGUUCAGUGUGAGAAUUAAAGCCGGGACUUCACCAGCCAGUGAGUAACAUCAUGGUUUUAUGUAGUCUAUGAACCUAGCAGUACACGGCCAGCUUGUAUGCUGCAGGUCUUGUUGUGUCAGGCCUGUCUCAGAUUGAAGGCUUUCUUCUACACGAGUCCCUUUGUUUUAAAAGUUAGCCAGGUUCUUGCCUGUUCUUGGUUUGGACUUCUUGCCCUCCUGCUCAAAACAGUGAGAGCUGCUUCUGUGAUAUUACAAGCCAUUAUGACCAAAUAUCAUCAGUUCUUACCGUACAGGGAUGAGGCGGAAGAACAUUUGUUUUGGUUUAUUUUUCUACUCUGUGAUUGUCUUCUUUCCAUGUCAUGGCUGAUCUCCUGAGAUUUUAUUCUUUGUUUCUCCCUUUCAUGGUUCUUUUUGUUGUGCUUUUUUUUUUCUCCUCGCACAAAAUAAAACUAACAAACCAGAACUGGGAGGUUUUGACUUUAUUUGGAAAAAAAAAAGACACAGAAUUACAUAAAAUUGUUUUCUCGUAUAUUAUAUUUUUAGUAUCAGCAUUUCAUCUGUGCUAUGCUGGUGCUGUGUGCUACAAAAUAAGAGUGGUAUACAAAGUACAAUAAACAUAGGAAGUGCUCGGAGGUAACCGUUACCACUAUAGCUGAUACGUUGUACAGUAAAAGAAAUUAGCUAAUUAAUCAUUUCAAUCACAACAGCAGCUGUUAAUGCAGAAUAAGGACAGUACUGCAUGUACUUCACAGUGACUUUACUACAUGACUGCUGGGCACGAUGCUCUUUACAGAAGUGGCUGGAAGCACUUUAUUAGAUGGAAAAUGUACCACAGACACUUAUUUGCUUUUCUCUAUUUGAAGGUAAUGUUGGUUUUUUUAAGUUUUCUGCAGUAGGUGUAAGUGGAGUACUGUCUUAUUAGUGGUCAUCCCGGAACAUUUAAAAUCUAUAUUUUAAGGAAACGGAUCUAAUGAUGAAAAUACCUUUAAAAUAUUAUUUUUCAGCAGUUACACUUUCUCACAUAAAUGCCUGUGUUGUUUUGGCACAGAAAUGUAAGUGUGCUCUGGUUUGUGACACCUAAACCUGAGCUAUUCUUCACCACUAGUGGGAGAUUGUGUUAUACUGACAGAUUCAUUACAGACAACAGCUGCAGAAGUGCUGGAGAAACCUCUUAUGAAGUCACAAAUACAGCAAGUGGACUAAAAGUUAAUCUACGUGCCUAUUAGAAAACCUUUCGUACAGCGCUAUGAAAACGUAUUUGCCCCCUUCUUGAUUUCUUUUUCAUAUUUCUCACAUUUAUGUGUUUAAGAUCAGCAAAUGAACUUUAACUGAGUAAAUAAAAAUGCAGUUUUUAAAUGAUGAUGACCAUGAUUUUUUUUGUUUUUAUCAAAGGAAAAAAAAAAUGCCUAAAACUACCUGUAU